CAUUGCCGACUUACUGCAGCAUUCCGUUUCACUAUAAAACUUUGGCAAUUCUCCGCCUUUUAUGCUACCAUAAAUUCUCCUCCAUGAACGACCCAAAUCGGCCAGUUACCGGUUACCCUGCCGCCGGAGCACCGCCGCCAAACCCUAAUGGUUACGGAGGUGCUGCUCACCAGCAACCACCGAUAGGCACCGCUUACCCAUAUGCAGCACCGCCACCUGGCUCCGCGGUGUACUAUCAAAACAACCCGUACUACCAACCUAAUCACUACGAUGCCCAACGCAACACCUUGCUCCGCCGAGUGAUCGGUAUGGCUAUAGCUUGUAUGGUCAUCGCUGGUACCUUUGUUUUCAUUCUCUGGCUGAUAUUUCGUCCUCGAAUCCCCGAGUUCAGAGUUGAUUCACUGUCUGUAUCGAAUCUUAAUCUGACUAAUUCGCUGAUUUCUGGUAAAUGGGACCUUCGUUUUACUGUGAGAAACCCAAAUAAGAAGAUGACCCUUUACUAUGAUGAUGUCGCCGCUGCAGUUUUCUAUGAUGACGUGUCGCUUUCCGAUACAACGGUUCCGCCUUUCUUUCAAGAGAAGAGGGCUGAGACGGCCCGGCAAGCAAGUUUUGCUACUGCGGGCGCUUAUGUGAAUAAUCGGGCUUUUGAUCAGAUGAACAAAGAAAGGUCGCAAAAAGGUGCAAUUGGGUUUAAUGUGAGGAUCGUGGCUAGGGUUAGGUUUAGGUCUGGGGCUUGGAGAGCGAGGAGGAGGUUUAUAAGGGUGUACUGUAAGGAUUUGUCAGUGGGGGUUGGGUCGAACAAUUCAUCGGGUACCUUGCUUGGUGGUGCACGACAGUGCCGGGUUGGCCUCUGACGGUGAUCUUUGUUUGUAUUAAGGUGAAAAUCUAUCGUUAUUGGCAAAUGCAAUGUGGUUAAUUUUGGUCUAAGUUAUUAUAAGAAAGACUGUUUAUAAGGGUUCAAUUGGUUACAUUGUGUAUAAUUUUAUCAGUAGUUGUUUUUCUGAGGUACAUUGCUAAUCAAGCUAAUAGCUUUUCCUUGGUUGUUCUUGCAUUUAUUAGUUCAUAGCAUAAUGAAUGAAGUUGACAUGAAUGUUAAACUUGA